AUGCGACCCCCGACGCGUAACACGCCGGUAUACCCACCUAUCCCACCGAAUAUUGUAUCCCCACGUUUGGCAGCAACAGGGUCCGAGAACCAAGUAUUGCAAGCCCAAUAUCAGCAGCAGCAGCAGCAGCAGCAGCAGCCAAGAAGACGAGGGCGGCCUAGUCUCGCACAAAAGCAGCAGCAGCAGCAGCAGCAGCAGGGACAACGAAGAAUACCAUCAUCGGACCUUGUCGCCCCCGAAAUAACAUAUUACGUGCCACAAGCUACGUCGACGACACCAACUACCUCUCUGGUCCGACCACAUGGGCCGCCCCUUCCUGCUUCUCCUCCUACAUCUGGGACGACUAUGCGACCAGCACCAGCUGUAGUCACGCCGGUGCCUCCACCCAAACCACCAGCCUUCAUGCCGUCUUCCCCAGCACAGCAGCAGCAACGGCAACAACCACGACAGCCAGGAACGGAUCGAAACAUUGAUAAAGUGGUGUUCGGGGACCUGUGCUUCCGUACGUGGUAUCCCAGCUACUACAACAAGGAGCUACUGGGUGUGGCGGAGGGAGACGACACCGAAGGAGGAGGAGGAGGUGGUGGUGGUGGUGGGGCGGGAUCCAAGAACAACAGCAACCAUGGGAAGGGAAAGAACCAUGGCAAGGGAAAGAAUCAGCAGAACCAGCAGCAGCAGCAUACUGCCAGUUCACCCAUGCUGGAGAGACUGUACGUGUGCCCCAGCUGCUUCAAGUACUCCAAGGAACUCGUGGCCUGGUGGGGUCACGUCCGUGUCUGCCAGCUGAGGGGUUCGGUCCCCGGGCGCAAGAUAUACGUCCAUCCGGGCGGGAAGCGAAAGGUCAUGGUCCAGCAGCAGCAGCAGCAGCAGCAGAGCGGGAAGAGGAAGAGGGGCGGUGGUGAGCAGUUUGCCGAGGAGACGGUCGAGGACAGGGGGGAGUGGAGUAUAUGGGAGGUUGACGGGGAGCAGGACAGGCUCUACUGCCAGAACCUGUCGCUCUUCGCCAAGCUCUUCCUCGACAACAAGUCCGUCUUCUUCGACGUGACGGCAUUCAACUACUACCUCCUGGCCUACACGCCGGCGCACGACACCCUCCCGGACGGGUCGCGGGACCACAUGGCGGACCCGCCGCAGCCGCAGGUGGUGGGCUUCUUCUCCAAGGAGAAGAUGUCGUGGGACAACAACAACCUGGCGUGCAUCCUCGUCUUCCCCCCCUGGCAGCGCAAGGGGCUCGGCGCCCUGCUCAUGGGGGCGUCGUACGACAUGUCCCGCCGGGAGGGCGUGGUGGGGGGCCCCGAGAGGCCCAUAUCCGAUCUUGGCAGGAGGGGAUACAAGCGCUACUGGGCCGGAGAGAUUGCCAGGUGGCUCCUCGGUCUGCCCGAUGCCGUCGAUGGCAAGCAGGAGAGAGAGGAGAGAGAGGGGGUGGUGGUCGUCGAUGUCCGGGACUGCAGCGAGGCUACGUGGAUCGCCGUGGAGGAUUGUCUGGCCGUCCUGAGGGAUAUGAAUCUCGUGAGGGAUGCCGGCGUGGGACCGGGUAAGAAGCCGCUUCCUAGGCCUGCGGGUGAUGGCGAUGGCGAGAUGGAUGUCGAUGGCGGUGGUGCUGGUGCCGGUGCCGGUGCUGAUGAUGGAGCCUGUCUGCCCGAUGUGCCUAGGGUUAGCAUAGACAAGGAGGCUGUCAGGAGAUAUGUUGCUGAGCAUAAGCUGAAUCUCGAAAGGAUAUGCGAUCCUGCCGGGUUUUUGUGA